AUGUCUACAACCGCCACAAGACAUGUAAAAUCGUCCAAUUCGGCGAACAUACUCAUGUGCAAACAGUGGUGGAAAGUAUGCUGGAUGUACGGCGACCAGGAGAAAUACUACAGACAACUGUAUGGAAGGAGAAAAAUAAACACGUUGAACGAUAUCAAUAAAGGCAUUUUCGACACGGAUGCUAAACGACCAGGCGCGCAUAUAACGGAAUUGACUGACGAUUUUUUCAAAAACCAUACAACACCGGAUGACAAGGAAUGGUUCGGAGGAGAAGAACCGGAUUACGGCUUCGAAUAUGACCAAAGAAGGAAACCUAUUAACUUAAAUGAUAUUCACGAAAUUACACAAAGCAUAAGUUUACCUCACGAUGAUAAUGACGAUAUACAUAGAAGUAUAAUAGGUAAAAGACACACAGACAGACAAACAGUUAGCAGGACGAACAAAGGCGUUUUGAACGAAAAAACAGAUGUAUCAACAAGUGGAAGAUCGAUGGCAAGUCUUCAGAGGUCUUCAGGAACGAGAGAGACUAAUAAAAUUAAGGAAGUGCUUCAGCCAGUAAAUGAAAAUUCACUGUUAGAUGAAAGUGUUAGACGAAAAUGUCUGAGGGAUACUCUGCAAACAACAACACUUGUGUCUGUGACACAACAGAUGGUGGCUUGCUGCAAUGAGUGA